AUACAUUCCCUUCAGGCUUCAUCUAGCUAUCUAUAGUUAACUCUUCUGAUCAAUAUAUUUGAUGUCACCCAAUUUAAGAGAUCUCCAACUCACCACCGCGGGCAGAUGGAACCAACCUGGAGAAACAAUCAUCUCCGUUGAUAACCACCAUCAACCCAGCGAUCUUGAGGACGUGGGUUUGCUUGAUGCAUAUCAUCAUGAUGAUGACGGAUAUCCCAUAUUGAAGCUUGAUGUUCUUGGAGGGGAAAGUCUUAAAAGAACCCAAGUUAGAGUGACAGGAAUGACAUGUGCCGCUUGCUCACAUUCAGUUGAAGAAGCUCUUCAGAGUGUCAAUGGAGUGUUUAAAGCAUCCGUGGCUUUGCUCCAGAAUAAGGCUGACAUUCUUUUUGAUCCCUUCCUGGUUAAGGAAGAAGACAUAAGGAAUGCAAUAGAAGAUGCCGGGUUUGAGGCUGAGUUUUUACCUGAAGCCAACUAUAUAUCUCAAACAAAGGUACUGAAAUCCUUGGUUGGACAAUUUACCAUAGGAGGUAUGACUUGUGCAGCUUGUGUAAAUUCUGUUGAAGGCAUUUUAAGGAGCCUUCCUGGAGUCAAAAGGGCUACAGUUGCAUUAGCCACUUCAAUAGGUGAAGUUGAGUAUGAUUCCACCAUGAUUAAUAAGGAUGAAAUAGCAAGAGCGGUUGAAGAUGCUGGAUUUGAAGCUUCGUUUAUUCAGAGUAAUGAGCAGGACAAGAUCUUACUAGGGGUUUCAGGUUUACUUAAUGAGAUGGAUGCUAUAUAUUUGGACAGCCUGCUCUACAAUCUCAAAGGGGUGAGACAGUUCUCUUUGGACAGGACAACAAGAGAGUUAGAAGUUCUCUUUGAUCCUGAAGUUAUUGGUUCCAGAUCCUUAGUUGAUGAUAUUGAGAGCAGUAGCAUGGGGAAGUUCAAGUUACACGUCAGGAACCCGUAUACAAGAAUGGCCUCUAAAGACUUACAGGAAUCCUCCAAAAUGUUUCGACUUUUCAUUGCCAGCCUCUUUCUCAGUAUUCCUGUUUUUCUCAUGCGAGUGGUGUGCCCUCAUAUCCCUUUCUUGAAUGCUUUAUUACUACGGCAAUAUGGGCCAUUCCAAUUAGGGGAUUGGCUGAAGUGGGGACUAGUUACUGUGGUUCAGUUUGUUAUAGGGAAGCGUUUCUAUGUUGCAGCUGCGAGAGCUCUUCGAAACGGUUCCACAAACAUGGAUGUAUUGGUUGCUUUGGGUACCUCUGCUUCUUACUUCUAUUCUGUUGGUGCCCUACUAUAUGGUGCAGUAACUGGGUUUUGGUCUCCAACAUACUUUGAAACAAGUUCAAUGCUAAUUACAUUUGUUCUCUUGGGAAAGUAUUUGGAAACACUGGCCAAGGGGAAGACAUCAGAUGCAAUUAAGAAAUUAGUGGAAUUAGCACCUGCUACAGCUUUAUUGCUUGUCCAAGAUAAAGGUGGGAAUAAUAUUGGGGAAAGAGAGAUAGAUGCGUUGCUAAUUCAACCAGGUGACAUCUUAAAGGUCCUUCCUGGUACAAAGAUUCCUGUGGAUGGUAUUGUUGCAUGGGGAUCAAGUUAUGUAAACGAGAGCAUGGUAACUGGGGAAUCGGUACCCACAUUGAAGGAAGCUAGUUCUCCAGUUAUUGGUGGUACAAUGAAUUUACAUGGUUCCCUCCACGUCAAAGCCACCAAAGUAGGAUCUGACACCGUUCUGAGCCAAAUUAUAUGUCUGGUGGAAACAGCACAGAUGUCAAAAGCACCCAUUCAAAAGUUUGCUGAUUUUGUUGCAAGUAUAUUUGUUCCUGUGGUAGUUGUAAUGGCUUUAUUAACACUACUGGGGUGGUAUAUUGGCGGAGCAAUGGGUGCUUAUCCAGAAGAAUGGUUACCAGAAAAUGGCAACUAUUUUGUAUUUUCCCUCAUGUUCUCAAUAUCGGUAGUUGUGAUUGCAUGUCCUUGUGCUCUUGGUUUGGCCACUCCCACUGCUGUCAUGGUUGCAACAGGGGUUGGGGCUAACAAUGGUGUUCUCAUUAAAGGAGGAGAUGCGCUAGAGAGGGCGCAGAAGGUUAAGUACGUCAUUUUUGAUAAAACUGGUACCCUUACACAGGGAAAGGCCAAAGUCACAACAGCCAAAGUUUUCACAGAAAUGGAUCGUGGAGAAUUUCUAACACUCGUGGCUUCUGCAGAGGCUAGCAGUGAACAUCCACUGGGGAAAGCAAUAGUUGAAUAUGCCCGGCACUUCCACUUCUUUGAUGACGAGCUCUCUUCUUCUUAUUCUUCUACGGAAAAUAACAUUAACUCGGACAGAAAAGAAGACACCACCAAAUAUGCUGGCUGGUUUCUUGACGUUUUAGAUUUCUCUGCUCUUCCUGGAAGAGGGAUCAAGUGUUCCAUAGAUGGAAAACUGGUCUUGGUUGGCAACAGAAAACUGAUGGGAGAACAUGGGAUUGACAUUCCAGAGCACGUAGAGAAGCUGAUUGUUGAGUUGGAAGAAGGGGCAAAGACAGUGGUAAUUGUUGGAUAUGAUAAUAGGUUGGUUGGUGUUAUAGGAGUGGCAGAUCCAGUGAAGAGAGAAUCAGCUAUAGUUAUUGAAGGGCUGAAGAAGAUGGGAAUCAUACCCGUGAUGGUGACAGGUGAUAAUUGGAGAACGGCUAGAGCAGUUGCAAAGGAGGUGGGGAUUGAAGACGUAAGGGCAGAGGUAAUGCCAGCAGGAAAAGCAGACGUGGUUCGUUCCCUACAAAAGAAGAUGGGUGGAGAGUUAGUGGCAAUGGUUGGAGACGGAAUAAACGACUCUCCUGCAUUAGCAGCAGCAGACAUAGGGAUGGCAAUAGGGGCGGGAACAGACAUAGCCAUUGAAGCAGCAGACUACGUGUUGAUGAGGAAUAACUUGGAAGAUGUAAUAACGGCUAUAGACCUGUCGAGAAAGACAUUCAGAAGAAUAAGAUUAAAUUAUGUGUUUGCCAUGGGAUACAACGUUGUGGCAAUCCCGGUGGCGGCCGGGGUGUUUUUUCCAUGGGUAAGGAUAGAAUUGCCACCGUGGGCUGCCGGUGCUUGCAUGGCUAUGUCCUCUGUAAGUGUUGUAUGCUCGUCUCUGCUUCUUAGGAGAUACACAAAACCCACUCUAACAAGUAUUAUUUAUUAAUCUUGAACACAAACAAAACAACAGAACAAAGAAAAGAGAAAGUUACCAUUUAUUUGAUCAUUAUUUACAAGAGAAAGAUGUUGUAUGUUAUGAACUAUGGAUGUCUACGUGUGUAUUUUAAGGUAUAGUAAUAAUAAUAUUUCAUUUCAAUUCAA